UAUGCUUGUGAUUGUGAAGAAACAUUCAAUAUCACGAAAGUCUAGUUAUAGUUUGGCUCUGCUUCUUUAACUAUUUAUACCAAGAAAGCCUUCUCUGCCCCUUCUUUCUCACUUUCUCUCUCUUUCUCAAAGCAAAUCUUUGUUGAUCAAGAACAACAAAGAGUUUUCUCAGCAGUUCCCUCCUAGGAUCAAACAUGAUGCCCGAAUAUGACUACCUGUUCAAGCUACUGCUAAUUGGGGAUUCUGGCGUUGGCAAGUCAUGCCUUCUGCUGAGAUUUGCGGAUGAUGCUUACAUUGAAAGCUACAUUAGUACCAUUGGUGUUGAUUUUAAAAUCCGAACAGUCGAGCAAGAUGGAAAGACCGUUAAACUUCAAAUUUGGGAUACUGCUGGUCAAGAACGAUUUCGUACAAUCACAAGCAGCUAUUACCGUGGGGCACAUGGAAUUAUUAUUGUCUUUGACGUAACAGAUGAAGAAAGCUUCGAGAAUGUCAAGACAUGGCUAACAGAAAUUGAUAAGUUUGCAACUGACAGUGUUAAUAAGCUCUUGGUUGGUAACAAAUGUGAUUUAACAAACAAGAGGGUAGUGUCCAAUGAAACUGCAAAGGCAUUUGCAGAUGAGAUUGGUAUUCCAUUCCUUGAAACGAGUGCCAAGAAUUCUACAAACGUAGAAGAUGCCUUCAUGACUAUGGCUGCAGAAAUAAAGAAAAGAAUGGCUAACCAACCAUAUGCGAACGCUGUUAGACCUCCUACUACAGUGCCCCUUCGUGGAAAACCUGUCACCGACCAAAGGAGUAGCAUUGCUUGUUGUUCAUCUUGAUUUGUCGAGGGAUAUGUCUGGAUAUAAUAGAACGCAGUAAAGAUGACUAAGGCCUGCAGAUGCAAGGGGUUUGUUACUUGCAAAUCUUCUCAUUUGUAACCCCCCACCCUACCCAAAGAACAAUUUUUAUGCACUGCAUAAGCAGGAACUCAAAAGAUUUGUCGGAUUGGAAAUUUUUACAUUCAUCACUUGAUUUCUACACGUACGUUUAUGACCUAAA